CUCUCCUUCCCUGAAACCCGCAGGUCUCUCCCCUCCCGCCCUCGCCACUCCCCCUCCCCUCCGAGCCUCGCAGUCUGAGCUGCAGCAUUUCGGCUUGUUUUGGUGUGUGUGCGUGUGUCGCUGCAGGCCGGACUCAUGGCCUCGCCGCUGCGAUUCGACGGGCGGGUGGUACUGGUCACCGGCGCGGGGGGAGGACUGGGCCGAGCCUAUGCCCUGGCGUUUGCAGAAAGAGGUGCAUCAGUUGUUGUGAAUGACUUAGGAGGGGACUUCAGAGGACUUGGUAAAGGGUCCUCUGCUGCUGAUAAGGUUGUUGAAGAAAUAAGAAGUAAAGGUGGGAAAGCCGUGGCCAACUAUGAUUCAGUAGAAGCGGGAGAGAAAGUUGUGAAGACAGCACUGGACACUUUUGGAAGAAUAGAUGUUGUGGUCAACAAUGCUGGAAUUCUGAGGGACUGUUCUUUUGCUAGAAUAAGUGAUGAAGACUGGGAUAUAAUCCACAGAGUCCAUAUGCGAGGCUCAUUCCAAGUGACCCGGGCAGCUUGGCCUCAUAUGAAGAAGCAGAAGUUUGGGAGGAUUAUUAUGACUUCCUCAGCUUCGGGAAUAUACGGCAACUUUGGCCAGGCCAAUUACAGUGCUGCGAAACUGGGUCUUUUGGGCCUUUCAAACACUAUUGCACUUGAAGGCAAGGAAAGCAACAUUCAUUGUAACACCAUUGCCCCUACGGCCGGGUCUCGGAUGACCCAGACAGUUUUGUCUGAAGAUCUCAUGGAAGCUUUGAAGCCUGAAUACGUGGCACCCCUGGUCCUUUGGCUUUGCCAUGAGAGCUGUGAGGAAAACGGUGGUUUGUUUGAGGUUGGAGGAGGAUGGAUUGGAAAAUUACGCUGGGAGCGGACCCUUGGAGCCAUUGUAAGGCAGAAGAAUCAGCCCAUGACCCCUGAGGCGGUGAAGGCCAAUUGGAAGAAGAUCUGUGACUUUGAGAGUGCCAGCAAGCCCCAGAGAAUUCAAGAAUCUGUUGGCAGUAUAAUUGAAGCUGUAAAUAAAAUCGAUUCAGGUGGAGGAGUUUCAACAAAUGAUACGAGUCAUGCAGCAUCAGGAGGAGUAUCAACAUUUACUAGAGUCAUUGGCUAUAAAUUCCCUCCAUUUUCUUCUACUUACACGGAGCUGGAAGCUAUUAUGUAUGCCCUUGGUGUGGGGGCAUCAGUGAAGGAGCCAAAAGAUAUGAAAUUUAUAUAUGAAGGAAGCUCUGAUUUCUGCUGCUUGCCUACGUUUGGAGUUAUUAUAGCUCAGAAACCUGUAGUAGGUGGCGGAUUAGGAGAUAUUUCUGAGCUUCCGGUCAGCUUGGAAAAGGUUCUCCACGGGGAGCAUUACUUGGAGUUAUAUAAACCACUUCCCAGAUCAGGAACCCUAAAAUGUGAAGCUGUUGUUGCUGAUGUCCUAGAUAAAGGAUCUGGUUUAGUACUUCUUGUGGAUAUCUAUUCUUACUUUGAGAAGGAACUUGUAUGCUAUAAUCAGUUUUCUGUCUUCUUCGUUGACGGUGGAGGCUUUGGUGGAAAACGGACGUCAGGCAAAGUCAAGGAAGCUGUAGCUGUGCCUGACAGGCCUCCUGAUGCUGUGCUUACAGAUACCACCUCACUUAAUCAGGCUGCCUUGUACCGCCUCAGUGGCGACUGGAAUCCCUUACACAUUGAUCCUAACUUCUCUGGUCUUGCUGGUUUUGACAGGCCCAUAUUACAUGGAUUAUGUACAUUUGGAUUUUCUGCCAGGCACGUUUUACAGCAGUUUGCAGAUAAUGAUGUGUCAAGAUUCAAGGCAAUUAAGGUUCGGUUUUCAAAGCCAGUAUUUCCAGGACAGACUCUAAAAACCGAGAUGUGGAAGGAAGGAAAUAGAAUCCAUUUCCAAACCAAGGUCCACGAAACUGGAGACAUCGUCAUUUCACAGGCAUAUGUGGAUCUUGUGCCAGCAUCUGAUAUUUCAGCUAAGAAGCCCUCUGAGGGUGAGAAGCUUCAGAGUACCCUGGUGUUUGAGGAAAUAGGACGCCGCCUUGGGGAUAUUGGGCGUGACGUGGCGAAGAAAGUGGGUGCCAUAUUUGAGUGGCACAUCACUAAGGGGGGAGACGUUGCAGCCAAGUGGACUAUUGACCUAAAAAGUGGUUCUGGAAAAGUUUAUCAAGGCCCCGCAGAAGGCUCUGCGGAUACGACCUUCAUACUUUCAGAUGAAGAUUUCAUGGAGGUGGUCCUGGGCAAGCUUGACCCUCAGAAGGCAUUCUUUAGUGGCAGACUGAAGGUCAGAGGGAACAUCUUGCUGACCCAGAAGCUUCAAAUGAUUCUCAAAGACUAUGCCAAGCUGUGAAGGACAUACCACCUUGUUAAUAAGAAUAGAGAAUUCCAAUAUUCUCUUCACCCAGAUAUGCAGAAGUGAUCACAGUUAAGAUACAGGGGACUUUGCUUAACAUUUUCAGAUUUUAGAUAACUUUUCAGAUUUUAAUUUUUUACUAACUUUUCAUGUUAUCAUUAUUUUUACAAUGAACUCUGAGCUAGCAUGUAAUUAUCUUUGUGUUCUUAGAGCUCUAUCUUCAUAAUAAAAAAAUUUUCACCCACAUCUUCAGAACUGCGAUAGCAUUUAUAAGUAGAAAGGAAAAUUAAAUGAGGAAAGCCACUUUCAUGUCUUUUGGACUUUCCCUAAUUUCUGUUCUCUAAUGUAUCGAUAACCCAGUUUUAACAUGAAUUGUCACAUGUAUUCACUUAUUCUUCAUACUUUGCUAUGAUGGUGUUCUACUUUAAAGCAGGAAAACGGUCUUUAUGUUCGCAAAUAGUUUUCCUUCUUCUUGCCUCAGUUUUGUUGAAAUUUCUUAAUUUUCACGUGAUGCCUGUAAGUCUACCACACAUAAGAAUUUUCUUAUUUAAUCAGUAAUCUCAAAUCAGAAAUAGGUCACAGGCAAGUACUGUCACACUAGUCUUUUCCCCACCGUGUAGCCCGGAUGACGUGUGCUAAGGAGUUGGCCACAGAGGCGACCAGCAAGUGGGAUGCCGAGGUCGGAGAUGGAGUGCAUUCCAAUCGUGGACCCCAGCCGGGAACAUCUGUGCGUAGGGGCCUCUUACAGGCAGCGUUCCCUGGCCACCGGACUUUGACAUGGAGAUCUACGGGCAGGAAAUGUAUUUGGGCGUGUUGUUGGGAUCAACGCCUCGGUGGGGAGUGGUAAACGGAGGAGGCAGAGAGAGAACAGAGGAGGCUGUGGUGCCCUUCAGCAUUGCCCUGCACUAACUAGUCACCAGUUACAGCCUACCCUGCGGAAGGACCAUGGCCCAGGGCCGAGGAGUGUGCUCACAGUCCCCUGAUUUGCUCAGUCACUGGGGGACCGGCUUCAGUCCCAAAUAGGGCUUCUGGGACCGUGGACUGGCACGUUGCUUCAGGAGAGAAGACCGAAGAAACUAGAGCUCAGGGAUCAAGGGGAACAGGCUCAGAAACAUGGAAUUGGAAUAUUUAGCCCAGUGGGGGAACGCGGAGGUGCACCUCAGUAUCGCUGACUAAAUGAAUGAGCAGGGUGCCUAGAAGACCUAGAAGAGAAGUUUACGUAUUGGGCAUUUACACCUCAGUCUCAUGAUCUCUGUAUGUUAUCCUAAAAUUAACUAUAAUUCAGAGUGAUUUAUUGUUAUACCAAUUGAAUUUGUCAUUAAAGUGGCAGCCUUUUAACGUUGGUCUUUUGUUGUGGUAGCUGUUGCUCCUGAACUCGGAAGAGCUUGGUGUCCUCCACAUGGAAACAGCAUAUUAAAAGUAAUCAAAUGCCA